AGGUUCUUUAUGAGUAAUGAAAAUUUGACCCUCGCACCCUCGGAUACGUUGGGGAUCACCCGAAACACGUUCCAUUGCGAACGGGAUUCUGGCCAGUGUUCCAUGUUAUCAUGAUAGAUAAAAAAAAGUAUAUGAUUCGAGCGAUGAUGGCUUCUCAUGACAUGUUCCCGUUCCACUUGAUUUCACACGACAGUUGCUGCUGUAGUCAAUCAAGGUGGAGCAUCUAUCCAGCCUGAUCAUCAUAAAAGUGCUGGAUAGUGUACACCUGCACGAACGCCAUCAUUCACCAAGCCCCCCGACCCUAACAUGACCUAUGUUUCGAAUGAUCCCUCUUAUUGGCCGUAUCUUGAGUGGAGUCGUAGAUACAACUAUUUUAUAGUUGCGUCCUUGACCAUGGUAAUAUACGACUGGGUACUUACGCUUGCACAAGAGUUCGAACUGAUAUGGAGGCAACGCUAUUCCCUCAUGAAUGUUCUUUAUGUUUGCGUUCGCUACAUCGGAAUACUAUUUUCAAUCGUCUACAUACUGGCCAAUUUCCAAGUAUCGAUUACGGAUUCAGUGAGUAACACUAUUUGGUUCAUACAAGCAUGGACGCCUGUCAUAAUAAACACCAUGCUCGGAGUCAUCAUGACGACUCGAAUACAUGCUAUGUACCAGGGAUCCAGAAGGAUCCUCAUCUUUCUCCUUGUGGUCUUACUGGCUUGUACAAUUACCUCCGUGGUUAUGACGGUGAUAGGAAAUGUUGGUGUUUCAGGGGUGGAGAACAUCCUUUCUGGCAACCACCAGUGUUCCGAGAAUAUGAACGCAGAGGAUAGACGUCUGAAUGCCGAGACUACGGUACCCACCACUGUAUGGGAGAUCCUUGCCUUGUGUCUUGCAGUCUGGAUUGUUAUCAAACACUUCCGUGAACUGCAAAAAUCACCGACAGGGGCGAACAUCAGAGACUGUUUCGUGGUUUUAAUGAGGAGUCAUAUGCUGUACUUUAUAACCUUUGCUAUUGUGUCUUGCUUCAAUCUCGGCACACUGUCUCCAAAUAUGUCGUCCCUCUCUGUGGGAGUCAGUUUCUAUUACGGUAUCGGCGAAGUUGCCCAGGCCAUGCAGAUGUUUGUGUUGGGACCACGUCUCAUUCUUAGCCUUCGAGAAUACCAUGCUCAGCUCGUGGUGAACUCUGAUGAAGGAACUUACAUCACUACAAUGGAUUUCAAUUUACCUGGACACGCAUCAACCGGCGGUAGUGUGUAACAUGGGAAACGAUCCAAAUGAUCAACCACGGAUACUGUACACCGACAUGUAAAAGUUUGUCGUGUAACUGAGUUCAUUGUCGUAUAUAUUUAUUCGUUUGACAUUUUGAAGUUUGGAUUCUGAAG